AUUUGUUAAAUGUGAAGAGCUCCCACCAUGGAGUGUCCUUUUCUGGAUGGCCAUUCAAACUCCCCACAAAUAAUCGACCCCUCCCUCCUCCCUUCUCCUUAUAGCCACCACCUCCAGGCCGAGAAAAAGGAAGCAGAAGAUCGAUCGGGGUGAGUCGUAGAACAGCCUUCCCUCUCUUCUCCUCCUCCUCUGCUUCACAGUCCAAGAAAGCAGAAGAAAAGCAAUUCAGAGAGAUAGAUACUAUUAAGAAGCUCCCCUCCUUUCUUCCUCCUCCCAAUAUCCAUAUACCCAGAAACCAGAGAGCAGAGAGAGAUGGGGAACAGCCUGAGGUGCUGCAUCGCCUGCAUCCUGCCUUGCGGCGCGCUGGACGUUAUCCGGAUUGUGCAUGUGAACGGGCACGUGGAGGAGGUGAGCGGCACCAUUUUAGCAGGGGACGUGAUGAAGGCCAAUCCCAAGCACGUCCUCCGAAAGCACGGCUCCGAGGAGGAAGGCGGCCUCCGCAUCAUCGUCCUCCCCCCGGACGCACAGCUCAAGCGCGGCCACAUCUAUUUCUUGAUCCCCGUUCCGUCUACCCCUUCCCCUAAUUCCUCUUCUAAUUCUGCUGCUGCUGCCACUGAGCGCUCAUCUUCUGCUAAAGCGACCGCUAGAAGGAAGAGGAGGAAGGAGCUUCCGGGCGAGCCGUCGCCAGAAACGAAGCCCCCCAGUGGCAACAAUUCGGAGACGUCUUCCGAUCGCUAUCUCACGGAGAUUCUCUCGGAGAAGAGGUGCGGCUUGAGCCGGAGCAGCAGGAGAGGGAGGGUCGGAAUCUGGCGUCCGCACCUCGACAGCAUAACGGAGGACUUCUGAUGUUCACGUUCUCUUUCCCUCUUACUUCUCUGCGGAUUUGGACAAACUGCACUUUUCUUCCUCUUUUUUUUUUUCUCUCUCUCUUUUAUAUAUAUAUAUAUAUAUUGGAAAGGCUUUUUCUUCUCCUUUUAUAAUUCAACUUUUGAUUGUGGAUAUAUCAAACCCUGUACCUUUUUUUCUUUUAUUUUAUCUGCAAAAUUGCAGAAAGAAAUAGAAGCUCUCUCAUUUUCCUUU